CUUACAGGUCAAAUUGUCAUUAAGCACAAUAUUGAACAGACGGUGCACGGGUAUAAUUGUCUUCGGCAAAAAGUACGCAUUGAAAGUAAUGUCAACAUUAUCAAAGGGUGGUAGUUCAUUUGAUAAAAUCUGAGAAGAAUAUUUUUAUGCAAAUUCAAAUGUUGAUUUGAUGACGGUCAUGGCAGAAGGGGAUGCUAAUAAAUUUGUCAGCCCAAAACUUCAGAACAAGAGUCCAACCACUGACGUCAUUCCUAUACCAGAUGACCCUGUAGAUUGUUCCGAAGAAAAUGACCGUCGUCUCUGGAUUGGAAACCUUGACACAAGAGUCACAGAGUUUGCCUUAUUAAAGAUAUUACAGAAGUUUGGGAGUUUACAGAGAUUUGAUUUUCUUUAUCACAAGACUGGACCAGACUUGGGUAAACCACGAGGAUACUGCUUUGUCACCUAUUCCAGUAAAGAGGAAGCAGAGAAAGCCAUGAAAUGUUUGGAUAAAAAACUGGCAUUAUCAAAACGUAUGAUGAUAAGAUGGGCUCAUAGAGAAGAGGAUAGAGAACAAGAGAGACCAGGUAUCCAAGGGAAACAACCAGAUCUGUCAAACAACCAUCUUAGCUCAGAAUCCAAAAUUAGAGCAAUUGAAAUGAAACUGAAAAACAUGGAAAAAUGUGAACAAGACUUUAAUUUGAGUGCCAAGCCUGCUGCAAUACCGGGUUCCAGUAAAUAUAGCAGUGCUCAACAGAUUCAGCAGGGAACCAGUGUUCAUCAGAGACCAAAUAGAAAUCAAGGGACUGGUUCCAGUCACAGAGACAAUAAUAAGCCUUAUUAUAGAAAGGAUGGAAGAAGAUGACACAGCUUUCAGGGAACCAACCAAGUUCACACUGGUUCCAUUUAGAGUUUUGGGUUCUGCAUAUCACAUGGUCUAGCAUGGAACCAGUCAGUUAUUAUAAGGUUACUUCUCUUAACAUAUGGGUAAAUAAGUGACAGGUUCUUAUGAAACA